GGGAGGGGGACGAAGAGCAAGAUGGCGGUGAACCAGAACCACUCCGCGGACCGUCGUGGGGUCGCCAUCCCUCGUGGAGAAAGUGUCCUGAAGCAGAGUUCAGAUGUGGAGCUCUCCUUCCCACAGCCACCGCAGGGCUCCAACCUCUUCAGUAGCACAAAGAGGGGAACACUGUUUCUUACCUCAUAUCGGGUGAUUUUUGUGACUUCAUGCUCAGACAAUGAUCCCAUGUUGUCUUUUAUGAUGCCAUUUAAUCUGAUGAGUAACUUCACUGUCGAGCAACCAGUCUUUGGUGCGAACUACAUUAGAGGAACUAUUCAGGCAGCUCCAAAUGGUGGCUGGCAAGGAACAGCUACUUUUAAAAUAGUCUUCAGGAAAGGCGGUGCCAUCGAGUUUGCCCAUUUGAUGACCAAAGCUGUUGCUGCUGCUGCCCAAGGAGUUCCACUUGGAGUCCCAAGCUGCUGGAUCAGUCCUGCAGGAAUUUAUGUCAUUACUGGGGAGCAGAGCAUGUGCAUACCACAGACAUGUCAAGCACUCCAGGUUGCUGUCUGUGGAGGCCCACCUGCGGGAUAUGGAGCCCCGCCCCCGGGCUACGGAGCCCCGCCUCCUGCUUAUAGGAUUCCACCUGGGAGCUCCUCUCCUCCUGGAUACCAAGUUCUGCCUGCGGGCUUUGGAGUACCACCUCCCGGAUACAGAGCACCACCUCAGAGGUACGGAUCCCCACCUCCUGAAUACGGAGCCCGACUUCCAGGAUCUGGAACUACACCUGGGGGAUCUGGAUCCCCACCUCCCGGUUAUGAAGCCCUGCCUGUGGGAUAUGGAGCUCACCCUUCUGGACAUGAAUCCAUACCUCCAGGAUCCAGAGCCCCACCGCCCCUGCUGCUGCCGCUGCCACCCUCUGCUGGAUCCCAAGCAGGGCAUCCCAGUUCUGCCGCAGCCCAGAUUCCUGAAUUUCAGGCAUCUCUUCCCUCUACCUCAUCUUUACAGACUUAUCCGACCCCUUCUAAGAUGUAAACCUGAAUUUCAGCAAGCAAAAUGGCACCAUUACACUGAAGUCAAGAUACAGUGAAACACUUGGGUAUGUGAUCACAGACCCAUCCUAGGUAGUUGGUGUCACCCCUCGGAAGUACAGUCUUUAGGGAAAAGCUAAGCUUUAUCUUCAUGCCUUCAUUUUAGAAGCAGAAUAAACUCUGGAUUAGCCAAGGGGGAGCAGCACUGUAGAGCUAAUUUCCCAAUAAUGUGGUUGACAUUGGAUGCAUUUUAAAGCAUACCUUGAUGUAAGCUUGGAAAAAACUUCCAGCCUUUCUCAUCAGUAUUCAAGAAAUACUUUGCUAAAUACUAAGAUAGAUAUCUGCUAAAAUACCAUCUUGAGAGCUGGGCCUCAUGCUGCAGGCCUGUAAUCCCAGCUGCCAGAGAGGAUGAGGCAGAAGGGCUGAAGGCUCAAGGCCUGCCUGGACUGUAAAGUGAAGUGCGGCCAGCCUGGGCAACCUAGUGAGACCUUGCA